GAAUCUCAAGAACGAGGCGGAGGAUUUGAAACAAAAAUUCAAGAAAUUUCAUAAAAUCAUACAUAAAAUCAAAUCAACGAUCGGUUGGCUCGGGUUUCUUAAUUGAAUGCUCUAAGUGUUGGAUCAAACAGCCAUUCAAGAACCGAUCUUUGUUUUCUUCUAGGUUUAGGGUUUGUUGAUUUUUUGAUGUAUGUUUUAUUCUUCGUUUUUCUGGUAAUCGGUAGUUUUAUAUCUUGAUAGAAGUUUCCGUCUAUCGAUCUUCUACGUUUUUCGAUCGCGAAUUGGUAUUUUAGGGCUCGAAAUUUUCUGUUAUAGUCGUGAAGUUUUUGUUUUCUUCUUUGAAUCGUCACAAAAACUGUCGUUUCUUUUGGAAAAAAGAUUUUGGAAUCAGCGACUUGUACCAGAGUCUGAUAGUCCGAAUUUAGUUCGGAAUCGAGAUGAAAGAUCAGGCACAGAUGAAGAAUCAGUCGCAGAUGAUGAGUAUGGGGCAGCCGUUGCCGAUAAUGAGUCAAUCACAUCAGGUGAUGAAUAAUCAGAACUCUCAGAUGUUGAUGAACCAGUUGAUUAAUCCAUCUCAUAUGAUGAUAAAUCAGUCGCAGUCACAAGGGAUGCUGAACAACCGAGGUGGUGGCUACGGGAUGUGGCCGCCGCCACAAGUGGAUCAGCUCAAGUUCAAAAAUCCGAAUACGAAGCCUUCUGGAUUUAUGCCGUCUUCUUCGAAGGCCAUGGGGCCACGAAACAACAAAAAUUGGAAGGGGAAAAAAGGAAAUGAUAAGAGGAAUAACAAUAAUUGGAAGGAAUUGCCAGUUAUGGGUGGCGGUAGUAGUAUCAACAACGGCAAUGUUGGUGGUGGAGGAACUUAUAAUCCUCCUACACUCAAGGAAUUGCAGCAGCAAAAUCGAUUGAAGGCCAGAAGAUACUUUUCGAAGAAGAAAUUCAAUCAUGGUGGUAAAUCAGCCCCUUUUGCUCCGAGGAACACCACAUCGUUUCUCAUUCGUGCAAAGAAAGCAGGUGGCAUCACAUCCUUGGUUUCUCCAUGCCCCGUUACACCUGCCGUGCUUCCCACACCCAAUUUUUCUCCAUCGAGGGAAGUUUUGGUCGACAUGGCGAAAGAAGAAUGGGGUGUGGAUGGGUAUGGUUCGAUGAAAGGCUUAAUUAGGCUUAGGUCGCCUGGGAAUGAAGCCGAUGUAGCUGAAGAUGAGGAGGAUGAAGAGGGUGGGUCGAGUGAGAGCGAUGUGGAGGAACAUCUAGAGGUAGAGAGACGAUUGGAUCAUGACUUGAGCAGAUUUGAGAUGAUUUAUCCAAAUUAUGGUGUCACGGAUCAUGGUAGUUAUCAUUUGGAGAACAGGGUUGAUGAUCAAGACACCCAUAUAGCUCAGUUAGAAGAAGAGAACCUGAUAUUGAAAGAAAGACUGUUCUUGAUGGAAAGGGAAUUUGAUAACUUGAGGACAAGGUUGCAGUCUUUGGAGAGGCAGAGGAGGGGAGCACAAGGAUUCAUUGAAGAGGUUGUGGAGAAUGAUUCUGAGCAUGAAAGCGAGAGCCGUGGUUAUGGUAGGUCAGUUGAGGAAAAUAUGGAAGAGAACAAUGAAGGAAAUCAGUAUGCUGAAGCCAUGAAGUAUAGUAACAGAGAGGUUGAACAGAAAGAAUCUAAUGAUACUGAAAAGGGUGGAGAGACCAUGGAAGAGUGUAUUAAUAAAGACAAAGUGGUAAAAGGUGUAGCAGAUGUUGAUAUAGAAGAUGAUGUUCUGAGAAAGGAAGAAGACAUAAAUGUGGGACUUGGAGGUAAAAUGGAAGAUGAUGAUGGGACAAUUGAAGUAAACCCAGAUAGUAGCAAGGUAGAAGGGUCUGUUCCAAUAAAGGAUGAAACAGAAACAGAAACAGUUGCAGGGAGGUAAUGAAUGAAUGGUAGGAAGUGGAGAUGUGUUAAUAGGAACCUAACAGAAGUUCUUGUGGAAAUCCAAGUAGAAUGGAGAAGGGUUGGGUUGGGUUGGGUUGGUUAUCUUUAAGUUGUGGAUUUGGUAGUCUUUUUCUGUAUUUAGGGGCAGGGUGAGAGAUGGUGAUGAAGUGGGGUGUAUGUGCAGCAGGUACUUACAUUUGGUAUUGGGAUUUUGAAAUCUAUGCAUAUGUGUAAAUCUAAUGCUUUUAAAUAAUAUUUGCAUUCCAUGUUUUCAAA